UACUCAUAGGCAGGGCAGGGGCAAAGCAAAGGCCCCUCUGGUUCAGGGACUGAAAAUGAAUGGUCUGCAAACAAAGUAAGGGGCCCCUCAGGCACAGAGGCGAGACCCCACUCUGAACGUCCAUCCAUCUAAAGAUACAAGGGCAGAUUCUGCUCUGGGCAUCACGGGUGUGAUUCAGCAGUAACUGUGCCGAGCGUAGCAGAGUCACUGCAGAUUUUUAGCGUUUGAAGGCAGAAUCCAGUCAGACGUUGCCACAGGGCUCUGUCACGUUUUGAAAACAAUGCACAGGGCUUCACUCAUUAAUAUCAGGGCCUGAUCUCUCAAAUCCUAAGUACUGUACUGGCUGAUUAAAGAUUCUUAUGCUUCCCCUUUUUAAGCUCCAGUUGGAUUUUGCAAGAGCCCAACAAAGGCUUAUUUUCGGCCAUUCACACAGAACUGCAGUCCAUCAACUCCAGAGCAAAUUUAAUGGCUAGACUAUAGAAGAAGUUCAGGACCCUGAACAAAGCAAACACAGGGUAUCUUCUGCAGGUUAAGUGGUCAGGAACAGAGAAUGUUUAAGCUGAUAAUAGCUGUAUUCAAAACUUAGACCCAGAUGUCUUCAAAGUCCAAAUCAUACUAUACUUCACCAAUUUUGACUGAAAAAGAAGCUAAACAGAUUCUGAGAACCCGUCGUGAAGAUAGACCAAGAAAAGCUGGUUUCCCUGAUGAGCCAAUGAGGGAACACAUGCUUUACCUCCAGCGCUUGGAGCAGAGAUCAGAAGAACAAUUCCUUGAGCAUUGGUUAAAUCCACACUGCUACCCACAUUGCAACAGGAAUUUAGUUCAUCCAGUCUAAAGGGUUUGUUUUCCCCCCAGUUACUGAUCUCCCCAGGUGUGUUUAAGAGGAAACGGUCUAUGAUUAUGUUAAACAGGACGAGGUUCAUCCAGCAUCUGCUAUGUACUAACUAUCGAGCUGAAUGUCUUUGGAAUAUUGAGCAAACUUAGCAUGUAGCAAGGCUUUCUUUUGUAAUCAGACAUAUUUAAAACAAUUUCAUUGACUCAUGUAGAUCACCAUAAUUUUUCAACCCAUCGGUAAGCGAAUGGUUUAUAUGCAUGAAUCUAGGGCUUCUCCUAAGAUUUUAGAAAUGGGGCAGAAUAAGUCACCAACUUGUCUUAGAACAUGUUUAUUUGGGGCACUAUCUUAGUAUAUACUGAAACAGGAGGAGGCUUUAAGAGAAAGGAAUAAAUACGAAUGGAAAAUAAAAACAUG